GGGGGCGGGGGCUGGUCCCGCCCACCAGGGGGCGGGGCAGGACAGGGGCGGGGCUCCAGUACCCGGCGCGCUCGGGUGUCAGUGUCGGCGUCGGCGGGCCCCGGAGCCGCAGGUGGCUGCGCUGGCUGGUGGAGGACGCUGCGAGGGCCGCAGGGAGGGAUGAGGAAAGAACAACAGACUGGAAUUCUCCCCCCUCCCCCAGGGGCUGAAGCCGGGCUGUGCUUCCUCCAGAGUGAGUGACCGGCCCCAGGAGGGGCAGCAGGGGACCGGCCGUCCACCACGAUGUCCUAUUUUGGGGAGUACUUUUGGGGGGAGAAGAAUCAUGGCUUUGAUGUCCUCUACCACAGCAUGAAGCAGGGGCAGGUCUCUACUAAGGAACUGGCUGACUUCAUCCGAGAAAGGGCCACCGUGGAGGAGGCCUACUCCAAGGCCAUGGCAAAGCUUGCUAAGAUGGCCGGCAAUGGGACCCCUAUGGGGACAUUCGCCCCACUCUGGGAGGUGUUCCGGGUGUCCUCGGACAAGCUGGCUCUGUGCCACAUGGAGCUGACCAAGAAGCUGAAUGACCUCAUCAAGGACGUGGCCCGCUACGGGGAGGAGCAGAGCAAAGCCCACAAGAAGUGCAAGGAAGAAGCUGUGGGCACCCUGGAGGCUGUCCAGGCCCUCCACGGGGUCUCCCAGCUCCUGCCCAAAUCCAGGGAGAGUUACGUCAGCAGAUGCCUGGAGCUUGAGCGGCUGAGGAAGGAAGGCACCAAUCAGAAGGAGAUUGACAAGGUAGAGGGGAAGACAAAGAAGGCAGCAGAGACCCUGCGUCGCUGCGUGGAGAAGUACAACACAGCCCGGGGGGACUUUGAGCGGAAGAUGCUGGAGUCGGCCCUGCGCUUCCAGGCCAUCGAGGAGACCCACCUGCGACACAUGAAGGGGAUCCUGGGAGCGUACGCUCACUCUGUGGAGGACACGCACGUGCAGAUUGGGCAGGUGCAUGAAGAAUUCAAGCAGAACGUGGAGAACGUCAGCGUGGAAACCCUGGUGAGGAAGUUUGCCGAGAACAAGGGAACGGGCCGCGAGAAGCCAGGUGUCUUAGACUUUGAGGAAUACAGCUCUAUGGCCCUUCCGGAAGGUGGGAGACGCCUUCGAGGCAGCGGCGGGAGCAGGCCCUUCCGAAUCCCUGGGCUGAGCCGGAGGGAUCGGGAGCACCGGCCUUCGGACUCCCCAGAGGCAGAAUCUGUGACCUGCCCCGUCGUGGACGAAGAAGGCUUCAGCGUCCGGCCGGAUGUCAACCAGAACACAGAACGGGAGAACUCGCGCUUCUGCUCAUCUAGCGACUCGGACUAUGAUGACGAUGAGGAACCCCGAAAGUUCUUUGUGCAAAUCAAACCGGCUCCGCCGCCCAGCCAGUCCCGGGACCCUGAGGCUGCUGCAGCUCAGCUCAAGGCCACAGCGGGCAGCCUGAUCCUGCCGCCAGGCCCUGGGGGCACCAUGAAACGCCAUUCAUCCCGGGAGAUGCCAGGGAAGCCCGUGAGGCCUCACUCGGCCUCCAGAGCCAUCAGAUGUGCAGAAAAGCCCCAAUCAGAUGUGCAGCUGUCCAAGGCCCUCUUUGGCCCCCCGCUGGAGUCAGCCUUGGAGCCAGAAGACUUUCCAGGCUCUGGCAGCUACGGCUUUACCUCCAGCCCUUCUCCCUUCUCCUCCUCAUCCCCAGAGAAUGUAGAGGACUCGGGUCUGGACUCCCCAUCGCACCCAGCCCCCGGCCCCUCUCCAGACUCCUGGGUCCCCCGACCGUCUACGCCCCAGAGUCCCCCCGGGGCCAGGAGGCCCCCUAGUUCCCCACCUGCCCGGCCCCACACAUGUCCUGCCUGGACCGCGCCAGGGGGGCCUCCAGGAUCUGAGCCCAACCCUGACCCCUGGGCAAGUGAUGACCUGGUGCCCGCUCUGCCCGACACAGGGCUGCGGGAGGGACUGGCAGCACUCCCCAGACGAGGCCAUACCAAGAAGACUCCCAGCGCCCUCACCCGCAGCAAUGGAGACCUGUCUCGCUCCCUGAGCCCCUCUCCACUGAGUUCCUCCGUCCCCAGCAGUCUCCCCGAGAGGAGCAGCGGCUUCUCCCAGUCAGGCCUCGGGAUCUCCAGGGGCCCGAGCCCUGUGGUGCUAGGCUCUCAGGAUGCCCUGCCGGUAGCCACAGCCUUCACGGAGUACAUCCAUGCCUAUUUCCGGGGCCAGGAUGCCCCCAGCUGCAUGGUGAAGGUGACAGGGGAGCUGACCAUGUCCUUCCCCGCGGGCAUCGUGAGGGUGUUCAGUGGGACGAUGCCCCUGCCCGUGCUCAGCUUCCGUCUGGUACGAACAGCUGUCAUUGAACACUUCCAGCCCAACACUGACCUGCUAUUCAGUGACCCUUCCCAAAGUGACCCAGCCACCAAGGACUUCUGGCUGAACAUGUCUGCUCUGACGGGACACCUACAACGCCAGGCGGAACAGAGCCCAGCAGCCUCCUACUACAAUGUGGUACUGCUCAGGUACCAGUUCUCCAAACCUGGGGCCCAGGCGGCCCCACUGCAGCUCAGUGCCCGCUGGCAAUGUGGCCGUGCCCAGACCCAAGUCUCAGUGGAGUAUAGUUACUGCCCGAGCGCCAUGGCGCUGCCCAGCCCACUCACCAACGUCCAGAUACUGCUUCCUGUUGAGGAGCCUGUCACCAAUGUCCGUCUGCAGCCUGCUGCCAGCUGGAACCUGGAGGAGAAGAGGCUCUUGUGGAGACUUCCUGAUGUGUCAGAGGAAGGGGGCCCAGGCCAUCUCUCUGCCAGCUGGGAACCUCUGUCAGGGCCCAGCAUGCCUGGUCCAGUGGCUGCCCACUUCACCAGUGAGGGCAGCACCCUGUCUGGGGUAGACGUGGAACUUGUGGGCAGCGGGUACCGCAUGUCUCUGGUGAAGAGGAGGUUUGCCACAGGGACCUAUCUAGCUGGCUACUGAAUCGGCCUGUGCUGCUCCCUCUCUGGCCUUGGUUUUGCACUUGGGUUCCUUUGGUGGGGCCUGCUCCUCCUCCCUCCCACCACACACUCCCAACUUUGGACCAGGUCAAUUUUAAACAGACACUGAGGGGCCCAGAGCCUCUGCAGGGAGGGUGCAGUGUAGACUGAGAAGGUUGGGAAUUGGAGUGGAGGCCCAAAGUUCCCCCUCCUGGGCUGAGCCUCACAGGUUUCCUUCCCUUGGGCUUCCUCUUCCCUCCCCAGAAUCCUUCUCAGCCCAAGCCCAGCCCAGCCCCUGGGGUUUUAUGUCAUUUGAAUAAACACUCUAUUUUCUAAUAAAA